GAGAGAUGCUCUCAUACAUGUAUCAAAACGAUAAUGAGGAAAUAUGUCUUUUGGGUGACUUUAAUUCACACACAAGUGUGUUAAAAGACUACACUUAUAUUGAUAAACAUUUUGCAAAUUCGGUGAAUGCUGAUUUAUCAAUGGUACAAUUUCUUAAUUCAGUAGGUGACCUUGAAAGCUAUGGUAUUAAAACAGAUAGAAUAUCAUGCCAUGUGACACACACAGAGUGAAUAAUUAUGGUAAUCAACUACUGCAACUCUGUAAAGCAAAUAACUUGUUCAUUGCAAAUGGUAGAUUUGGUAAAUGUAGUGAAUUAAAUACAUGUGUUAAAGGGAAAGGCUCAGUUACUGACUAUGCUAUUGCAUCUCCACGAUUAUUAGGUAAUAUUGACUCUGUUUAUAUCCAAGAUUUUUCACCUGACUUUUCUGAUGUACAUUGUUUUUUAAACCUUACAGUAAAGUCUACCUCUGAUAAUUUCAAUGAAUCUGAUAGAGAUGACAUUACCAAUGAGAAAAAUAGUUGUAAAUUUAUCUGGAAGCAAGAAGAAGCACAGACUUUUAGCCAAAAUCUUGACUUUAGAAAAAUUGAUGAAAUAACUUCCCUACUACAAGAUGAGGGAUCAUCAGUAGAAGGAAUCAACGUGAAGCUAAAGGAGUGUAUUUUAGAUGCAGCUAUAAGCUGGAACUUAAAGAAAAGCUUCAAAGUAAACCAUGAAAAUAAUGCAACUGAAAUAAAGAACAAAUGGUUUGACAAUAGUUGUAAAAAUAAACGCAAAAUAUACAAUUCAGCAAAAAAUAGAUACAUGAGAACGAGAAAUAUGCUAGAUAAGGAAGAUAUGAUUAGGAAAAACAAACAGUAUAAAAAACAACGCAUUAAAGCAAAAUGUGAUUACUUAAAACGUCUCAACUCUAAGUUAUUUGACCUAAAACGCAGUAAUAGUAAACAAUACUGGAACAUUUUAAAUCCCAGUAGAUCUAAAGACGAAUUAUUAAAAGUAAGUUUAGAUACUAUGAAGGAAUAUUAUGAAACACUUUAUAAGCCCCAAACCAGUGGAAAUAACAUGAGUGAAAAUGAAAUUGACAAACAUUAUAAAGAUGAUUUUGCACACAAACUUAACUUAGAUAUUCUAAACAGUGAAAUCACAAG